UACAAGACAACUCUUCCGCGUUUUAAAAAAAUGAACAAGAUUUUGAUCUGCCUAGUACUUGCCAUGGCUGUGAUGUGCUGCUCCGCCCGUUCACAGUAUUUUGGUUAUCCUGGAUAUGGAGGUGGCAGCGGAGCUGGAUUCGGAACAGGCCAAGCUGGCUUCGGUGGUGCUUCAGCCAGCGGAGUAGGAAUCUCAAACGCUUACAACGGUGGAUUCAGCUCUGGAUCGGGAUCAGGAUCAGCCUACAAUGGUGGUUUUCUCGGUGGACAAUUUGCAACUGGUACUGGAAGUGGCUAUUCUCAUGGAAAAUGAAACCGUGGAGAGCAGCAAAUUUUGACAAUGUAACAUCAGGUUCUAUUUUUGUUUGUUUUUUCGUGGUUUGAGUUUAACAAAUACAAUGCUAAACGUA